CGUGUCUGUGUCUGCUGUGCAUGCACACAAUUUCACUUUCUAGAAUAAAUACAAAAAUAUAAUCAAUUAUUCAAGUGCCAACAUGAAUGCCUGCAAUGUGUGCGAGUCUCCUACCAAAAACAAAUGCUCCAAUUGUAAUCAGGUAGCCUAUUGCUCUGUGGAGCAUCAGAAGGCAGAUUGGAAGGCACACAAGGCGCGCUGUUUUCCAUUUAAGAUAGCACAUAAUGAGCUGCUGGGUCGCCAUUUGGUUGCCACACGUAAUAUUAAACCCUAUGAGAUUAUAUUGAAAGAGGCACCGCUGGUGCGUGGACCGGCACAAAUUAGCGCACCUGUGUGCAUGGGUUGUCUGAACGGUAUUGAGCCCAACGAUCAUAUUGAAUGCGACAAGUGUGGUUGGCCUUUGUGUGGCUUGGAGUGCCCUGGGCUCGAUGAGCAUAAGGCAGAGUGUCAGCUAACGCAGCAGCGAGGUCAGAAAGUCAGUGUGCAGGAGUUCAAUGGACCACAUCCUUUGUACAAUUGCAUUAGUACUGUGCGUUGCUUGCUCAUCAAUGAAACUAAUCCUGCAAAUGCGGAGAAGUUUAAGCAGCUUGAGGCCCUGGAGCAAACGCGUCGUGGCUCAAACCAAUGGAAGGCAGACCUGGCCAGCAUUGGGCAAUUUAUACCCAAAUUCUUUCGCACUCAAAAAUUCAGCGAAGAUGAAAUUAUGCGUGCUGUUGGUGCUCUACAAAUCAAUGGACAUGAGGUGCCCACCUCCGAUCCGCCGCAUGUCGCUGUCUUCUAUACGGCUUCCUUCACGGAAAAUUCUUGUCGGCCCAAUUUAGCUAAGAGCUUCAAUAAAAAUGGUCACUGCAUACUAUGGGCUCCAAACGAGAUCAAGAAGAACGCACAUCUAAGCAUUUGUUAUUCGGAUGCUGUUUGGGGCACCGCGGAUCGCCAGCGCCAUCUAAUGCAAACGAAGCUAUUCAAGUGCGCCUGCGAACGUUGCGUGGAUGUCACCGAGAUGGGCACGAACUAUAGCGCCAUUAAAUGUGAAGAUCGCAAAUGCAAUGGACUGAUGUUGCCCACCAAGGCGGACAACUGGAAUGGCAGCUGGAGUUGCUGUGAGUGUCAGAAACAAGUACAAAGAAAAUAUAUAGACGGCAUACUUGAGCGUGCUGGCAAGGACAUUCAGCAUAUGGAAAAGAACGCAGAUAAUAGCUUUAAAUAUAUUAAGCACUAUGAGAAAUGGCUGCCAUCUCAACAUUAUCAUCUCAGCGAAGUAAAACUCUUACUGGUACAGCUCAUUGCCAAGGAUCAGCAAGAGCUAAUGGUUGUCGAUGACGAAAAGCUUAACUUAAAGCUAAGGUAUGCGCGAGACUUAAUACAACUUUACGAAACUAUUGCUCCAUGUGAAGUCCGUAUGCUAGGCACACUCUGCUUUGAGCUGCAUUCUGCCAUAGCUGAGCAAACACGUCGCAUUAGCUUACAAACAAGCCUGUCGCCCAAGGAAAUGCUCGAGGAAUCGUUGCUCUACGUGGAUAAGUGUGUCAACUACUUGCAAUACGAAUCAAACAUAUUUGUAGAAGGACAUAUACUCAAGCAGGCUAAAAUCAAUAGAGACGCUUUACGCAUGGUUAUGAGAAUUUCUUAAAUAAGGACAACUGGCUCAAAUACCCUUUUCGUCAAACCAUUGAAUAAAUAAUACAAAUUGUACCCAAU